AUGGAGACCGCUCAGGUCUCCGAAUCAGUCUUGGAUGAGAGCCAGGAGAGUUCCCACGCCGAACAAGUCGAAGGGGAACCAACUCACUAUUCUAAACUGGAUGUCAAUAGCAUGAAGGUGACGGAAUUGAGGGCAGAGUUGAGUGCACGCAAUCUUGACUGCAAGGGAGUCAAGGCCAGCCUUGUGUGCCGCCUUCAGAACGCGCUUGAUGACGAGAAGAGGGCUGAGAUGUCUGAAAUGAAACAUGCUGAAACGCUGGCACCAGAGGAGCUUGCCAAGGUCGUGGUCGAAGAUGCGCCGACUAAUCUGACUGAAGCCUCUGGACAGCCAAAGGAGGAGCACCAGCAUCAACAACAUCUGUCGAAGGAUAUGUCUGAAAAAGAACGUCGUCGCUUGGAGCGUCUUUAUCGGUUGGGCGAUAAACCGUCUAUCCUUGUUCACCCAAACAGAGCGGCACGUGGUGGUCGCUUUGAUUGUCACCGCGUCUCACUUCAUUCUCUCCUGAACUACCAGGGUGAGGAGCAGAAGGAGCUCAACUUUGAGGUGUCUCUGUUUGCGGAGCAGUUUCAUACUAUGCUGCAGCGUGACUGUGCCUUCACGAUCUUCAAGGCGAUUUACUCUGCUCCCGAAAAGGAUGGAAAGUCCGAGCAGAAUGGUCACGAUGAACCGGAUUCAAAGCGUCGACGUGACGACGAGUAUGAGGAGCUGUCUCCGGCAGGUGAUGAGGAGGAAUCGAGCAAGCAACGAAAGAUGCGUCGUACUAUAGACUUUGAUCUGCUUUUCGCGUUCACUUUCUUCGAUCUCGGUCACGCCGGGUUUAUCCGUGAUCAUGAUCUGACCACUAUCCUGCACCUUCUAAAUCUGGGUUAUUCCAAAUCUCAGAUGCGAAAACUGGUAUCAAAGGUUUCGCAUCGCGAAAAUGUGCGUUUCAGAAACUUGACUGAUCAUGCAGUCGUUGAAGGGGAUCCAAAUGACGUUGCAACAUUGAAGCUAAAUUCCUCAGAUUCUGAGUUCGUUCGUGAUCUUGCAGCUGGGAACGAUCUCCUCUUCGGUGGUGAAAAACCGCAAGGCGCGUCAAAAAUCAUUGUCGCUCCUGUUGGCGGUGUGGAACUCCUCAAGCGAGUUGAGGUUGCUGAGGCAUGUAGGAAGUCAGUGGAAUUCCAGUUUUUCCAAAUUAGGGAAGAACUUGAACGGACGCGAUCCCGAUUAAACAUCUGCAAGGAUUUCGAAGACCGGCUCAAGAAAGAGAAUCGUGAAUUUCAAGAAAAGCUGCGUGAAGAGCAGCGGGCGAGUCGAGAUAACAAGAGCCUGGUCGCGACCUAUAACUAUUUGUUAAGACACUCGAGGGAGCUAAUGACUAGUGUAGUGGGUGAAAUCGAUAAGCAGUUUGAGAAGGAGAAAGUUAAGCGUGAGACCGAGAAAGCUGCGGCUGAAAUUGAAAAGGCGAAGCGCGAAUGUGUUGACGCCACAGAUUUACCUGGGAAAUCGUUAAAGGAUGAGGAAGGUGGUGUUGUUUCUGUCACUGAUGAUGACUCAGCUGUGAGAAGUGUCCAGAAGAGCGAAGAUAAAUCAGAAUGGGAGGUAGUUGAUCAGGUGUAA